GCUGCUUCAUAUCUCAUCCUAAUCAUGAUCAUUCCAGAAAAAAACCGCCGCGAGAUCUCCAAGUACCUCUUCCAAGAGGGCGUUUGCUAUGCAAAGAAAGACUAUAAUUUGGCAAAACACCCAGAAAUCGAUGUUCCGAAUCUUCGAGUGAUAAAGCUGAUGCAAAGCUUCAAGUCGAAGGAAUACGUGCGUGAAACUUUUGUUUGGAUGCAUUAUUAUUGGUACCUUACAAACGAUGGAAUUGAGUUCUUGAGGACUUACCUUAAUCUUCCUUCUGAGAUUGUUCCCGCUACUUUGAAGAAACAAGCUAAGCCUGCUGGUCGUCCCAUGGGCCCUCCCGGUGACCGCCCACGUGGUCCACCUCGCUUUGGUGACGGUGAGAGGAGAUUUGGCGACCGAGAUGGCUAUCGUGCAGGUCCUCGAGGAGGCGGUGAUUUUGGUGACAAGGGAGGAGCUCCAGCUGAUUAUCAGCCUUCAUUCAGGGGCCCUGGUACAAGGCCUGCAUUUGGUCGCGGAGGUGGUGGAUACGGCGGUGCUGGACCCGCAGCUGGUGCUGGUCUUCCUUGAAAGGGAUGAUUUUCAUGACGGAUAGUUUUGUGGGUUUAGGUUUGUUCGGCCUUUGUAGGUUUAUAGAUGUACUUGUCUUAUGCUGCUUCUGUUUUGUUGAUUUCAUGGGGGAAUUUAAAUGUUUUGUUUGCCCUGAUCUAAAUGCACAUUUUUUGGUGUUUGUUGCCCUAA